CAAAGAAAGAAAAUAUUACUAGACUAAUGACAAUAAAAGUUAAAGCUCUUGUUUUAGCAAAGAAAAAGCUUACAAAACUUUUAUCUCAAAAACAAUUAAACAAAAAAUACAAAAUAAUAAAAACUUUUCUCAAAGAAGUCAUUAAAAAUAACUCUUUCUCUCAAUAUACUAAAGACAAAUUAAGCCCAAAUAUCUUUUUUACAAAAUUAUUAGAAGAUACAAAAGAAUAUAAAUUAACAACUAACAAAAAAAGCUAA